CUUAGAACGGGCAAUGGAAAGUUUCAUUGAUUGCGGAUUCUAGCCAAAGGCUGCGAGUUCACGAGCGCACUGCAAUGUGAUUGGUUCGGAGCGCCAAGAUUUCCUUCAAAAGAAAAAAAGCUCCCAGGAAAUUCUCAGCCUUUUUGCAUCACUUUCCCGGCCGACAGCAUGGGCAAGAAGAGGCAGGCCGCUGAAGGCCAUGCUGACGGUAAAAGGCAAAAGAAGCAGAAGAAGGAAGAGGAGACCAAUGGGAAGGCUAAAGCUACAGAACCGUCGCAAAUAUUUCAACCACGUCCAGAUUGGCAUGCAGCAGAACUUCCGCCGCUUCCUGCGGUGGAAGAUCCAAAGCCUCCAAAUCCUGAUGUUGUCCAGGCAUUGCACGACCAUGCCAAUACACUGCUUGAGCGGGAAUGCUCUCGUUACGCCGCAGCGAACGCGGAAAAGAACUCGUCCGCCAAGUUCAUGAAAGAACUCAUGAACACAGGUACUUUGGAAGACAAGGUGUCGGCAUUGACGCUUGUGAUACAAGAAUCUCCACUGCACAACGUAAAAGCCUUCGAGAGUCUGUUGAGUCUUGCCGGAAAGAGGAGCAGGAACCACGCAAUUAUGGCGUUGAGUGCACUGAAAGAUUUACUUGGUGCAGGCGUAGUGCUUCCACCGGAGCGCAAACUUCGUUACUUUGGUCGUCAGCCAGGUCUUAUCGCUGCCCUGCAGGGUAAAGGUGCAAAUUGGAAGAUUGGGGACAAGCUUCCUGGAGAGAUUCAAGAGGGCCAUUUGAUAUCAUGGGCAUACGAAGACUGGCUCAAACGAACAUACUUCGAGGUGCUCAAGCUUCUCGAGAGCUGGGGCAACGACGAGAUCGAAUACACUCGAAGUCGGGCCAUUACUUUCAUCUGGGAGUUAUUGAAGGAGAAGCCAGAGCAAGAAGACAAUUUGCUGCGCCUGCUUGUCAAUAAAUUGGGAGAUAGGGAGAAGAAAGUAGCAUCUCGUGCUUCACAUCUACUUCUCCAGUUGAUGAUAGCCCAUCCAGCUAUGAAGAGCAUCAUCAUUGGAACAAUAGAAUCUGACCUGAUUUUCAGACCAGGGCAAACGAUGCACGCCAAAUAUUAUGCUAUAAUCACGCUGAACCAGACGAUCUUGUCAAUGAAAGAGCCGGAGGUCGCUGCCAAGCUACUGGAUAUUUACUUCAGCAUUUUUGUCAGCCUGCUCAAAGACGAAAAAACUGGGAACCCGCAUGAGAGUAGUAGGAAAGAGAAAAUUCAAGGAGGUGGAGGCAAGGCUGGCAAAACAGCACUGCGGAAACAAAGACGAAUGCAGAAGCAGCAGGAAGCCGCAGCAGAGCAAGAACUCCAGCUACGAGAGCGCCUAAUUGCACAACUCCUUUCUGGCGUCAACCGAGCAUAUCCAUUUGCAGAUUCUGAGAGCAAAACCAUUGAGGAGCAUCUUAACACCUUAUAUCGCGUCACGCAUUCUUCAAACUUCAACACAGGCAUACAAGCUCUUAUACUCAUUCAACAGAUAUCAACAACCAAGCAUCGCUCCGCAGAUCGAUACUACAGAACCCUCUACGAAUCUCUGCUGGAUCCUCGUCUUAUUUCUUCAUCAAAACAUAUCAUGUAUCUGAACCUGUUGUAUAAGUCUCUGAAAGCUGACCUGAACGUUAAGCGGGUUCAGGCCUUUGCCAAGCGUUUAUUGCAGAUUGUCACUCUGCACGAGCCGCCUUUCGUUUGCGGCGUAUUAUACUUACUCCAUGAGUUGCAGAAGACAUUUCCAAGCAUCAAGUCUAUGCUUACAGAACCGGAAUCAUCAUUUGACGACGAGGAGGAGACAUAUGUGGAUGUUCCUGAAGGUGAUGAAUCUCCUUCGAAGGAUACACAAAGCGCGCUGCCCAAACCUGGCCAGUCAUACAAUCCUCGAAAACGGGAUCCCGAGUUUGCCAAUGCAGAUAAAAGCUGUCUAUGGGAGCUGAUACCCAUCGUUGCACAUUAUCAUCCUUCAGUAUCACUCUUUGCUUCGCGCCUGCUUCAAUGUGAGCCAUUCGAUCAAAACAAGCCUGACCCGACGACAUUCUCUCUAAUCCACUUUCUCGACCGAUUUAUUUAUCGUAAUGCUCGGACAAAAGCAUCUGGUCUUAGAGGCUCAAGUAUCAUGCAACCCCUUGCAGGAUCUACUACUUCGGAUCUCCUUAUCAAGGACCGCGCUGAAGGUUUCCGAGAGGAUGCGCUCAAUAAGGAAGCCUUCUGGUCGAAGAAGCGAGAUGAAGUGCCGGCAGACGAAGUGUUCUUCCACGAGUACUUCGAUAAAGCCGGUAAGGCACAAAAGAAAUCAAGAGCCGAGAAGAGAGCCAGCAAAGCCAAUAAGCAAGCUGGAGAUUCAACGGAUGAAGAGGACGAGGACCAGAUUUGGAAAGCUCUUGUUGGCAGUCGGCCAGAGAUUGAGGGCGCCGAAGGGGACAUUGACGAGGAUCAAGAUGAUCUGGAUAUUGCAGAGUUAAUGGGAGAAGAUGACGACAAUGAAAACACGGCGGAUGAAGAUGGUGAUGAGAACGGGGUUUCAUUAGAGGGCAUGGGCGACGUUGAUUUCCAUGGCUUUGAAGAGGAUGGCCACGAGGACCAAGACAUGAAAGAUGCUUCAGAGGCGUCCGACGAGGACGACUUCGACGUCACAGUGCUAGAAGAUGACGACGAAGCUAUCUUUGAAAGCGACGAAGAACUGCCCGAGGGCAUUGAACUUCCAGGUAAGGCGCUGGAAGAAGUGGCGAAAGACCUCAAAAGCAAAGACAAGAAGAAGCGGAAGAAGAGCAUCAAGUCCUUGCCCAUUUUUGCAACGGCUGAGGACUACGCGAAGCUACUUGGUGAUGACGACGACGAUGGAAUGUACUAAUCCCAGGCGGUCAGCAUAUCUUGUAGAUUUUCUUGCCCUAAUUUAGAGCUCUAACUAUGUAUAUCCAUACUGCACUGAACAUGCAGGCUUGAGAAUUUUCACACAUGGUUGGACGCCCACAAAGAAUUCGAGCUUACAAAAUCGCG